AUGGCCGCGAACACCAUCACCACACUCUCCCGUGUCGCGUCCAGUCUGGCUGGUCCAGUCUCCACUGCCAAUACGGCUGCUACUACCACCACCACCACUCUCCAGAAGACUAAGUUCCCAGCCAACCACCGUCCCACCGCGAGCGAGCUGAACAUGAUACUCUCCACCGCCGCGAACCGGGCCAAUAAGCGCCGCACCCAACAGGCACUUGGCCUCGGCCUCCCUCCCAAGAGCGUGCCCCGUCGUCCCCGCCGGGAGAUCCCCAUCCCCCCCAAGCCAAAGGCCACUACCAUCCGCACCGGCCGCACCAUCCUCUCCCCAAUCCCCGGCUCCCCAUCGCUCGCUCCCUACCACCCCGCCCCCAACGCCCCCAAGCUGGGCACGCUCCCCACUCACCCCGAGACCCCUCCGCCCGUCCCCGCGGCCCGCCCGCGGUUCCCCACCCGCCGCUCGCGCGUCGCGCCGUUCAAGGGCGUCGGGCUCGGGCUCCCGCUCGACGUUGUCGGCGAAGACCCCAUCCUGACCCCCGGUCACGUCUUCCCCGACACCCUGUGCCGCACGCCCGGGGCUCCUGCCCGUCGUGCCGCGGUCGCGAAGACGGGCGAGACGGCUUCUUACUUCCACCUGCCGUCGGACCUGCUCGCGACGCCGGCGCAGCCGACGCCUCUUCCUCAGUUCCCUAAGGCCGUCAUGGGGCUUGGGUUCACUGUCCCUGCCUCAGUCGGUCUGGGGGCUACCAUACCCACGAUGGGCCUCGGUAUCACCGAGGUUUAUCUUGGGGAAGAGGAUCGGGUCGAGCUCACUGUGCCUGUCAAUUAA